AUGAUCUACGGCUACAACUCGAAGCUGUCAACGCAUGGGGUCGACAUUAUCAUGGAUUACGGCCGAGGGUUGAUGGAGGAGCUCAAGAUUAGGAAUACAGAACAGAGCAGCGGCAUCAGGCCAACGGGCUCAUUCCACAAGCUAAGAAAGCGGCCCCUGUUCUUCAUCGCGCAUAGCUUUGGCGGUAUUGUCCUCGCUCACCAUAGUGCAUUGUCAGUCCAGGCAGACGAAGACGACCACCCAACAAUAGCGUCUCUGCACAGAGCUACAUAUAACAUGCUUCUGUUUAGGAUCCCACAUAAGGGCCUAGUAGUAGACGAUAUCCAGAAGAUGGUGGCAGGACAGGACAAUCAUCCACGGAGUGCGCUGCUUGAGCAGAUCAUAAGUAAAUCUGACCUGUUAGCGUUUCAGCUAGUGGAUUUCAGGAAUCUCAUCCGAGACCAAAAGGUUGUAAGCUUCUAUGAGAUGGUCCCGACAAGACAGCUUCAGUUUCAGGACAGUGAAAGUAGACGAUGGAGAAGGGCCGGCGACUUCGUUACAGCGGUAGAUGCUGACUCAGCUCUUCUCCAGUUGCCAGACUCAAUGGAGGACAAGAUCCCUCUGGAUGCCGACCAUUCGAUGAUUGUCAAGUUUGAUAAUAAGAAUAAUCGAGGCUACACUAGCGCGCGGGAUAAGAUUAGACAGUUUGAGCAGAAUGCCCCCAACGUGGUUGCAGCUCGGUUCUUGCGAGCGCAAAAUAGACCUAAGCCUUCCUCGAUAAUCCGUUUCCAAAGAGAUAGCUCAUUCGUGGGACGAGAGGAUAUCCUGGUGGAAAUAGGUGAUAAAUUCGAGCAGGCGGCAUCACAAGACCACAGUCGAGUAGCCCUCGUUGGUCUAGGCGGCAUAGGGAAGUCUCAGAUUGCUAUCGAAAAUGCGUAUAGGGCGAGAGAGUCUGCACCCCAGACCUAG